AUGAUGCUCAUUUCCGAAUGUCAUAAUGCAUACGACUAUUACGGUGAAUCCGACGCGGAGACAGGCCUUGAUGUCGAAUCAUUAGCUGCAUCUGAUUCUGGGGAGUCGCAAUCGUCGGUCAUCAUGAGUGAGGUGACAGAAGUUGAGGGGAAAAAGAAUGUCCAAGAUACUGCUAGUGCAGAUGAUAAGAGGGAUAUGUUCAUGCAGAUAAUACAAAUGACUUUUACGUCUCACGAGGCUGCGUAUGAUUUCUACAACAGCUAUGCUAGAGAUAAUGGUUUCAACGUUAGAAAGAAUAGGGUCAGGUAUAGCAAAACCGAGUCACGUCAUAUGCGUUAUAGGCGGUUUGUUUGUUCCAGACAAGGAAAACGUGACAGCAGGUUGCUAACCGAGGAAGGACACAGCCGUAGGCUCAGACCCGAGACACGCUGCCACUGCGAAGCGCACCUGACCGUGAAGCUUGACCAAAAGCGUGGGGUUUGGUAUGUUGAUAGUUUUGAGGACAAGCAUAGCCAUAUCUUGGCAGGACCGGACGAGGUGCCUUUUCUUUGGUCCCACAGAAAAAUCAAAGAGUACCAGAGAGCUGAGAUACUGUCCAUGGGAGCUGCAGGGAUUAGAAUUCACGACAUGAUGGAUACCUUCAUCAGCAAACAUGUAUGGUAUGGCGGUGUUGGUUUUACCAGGCGUGAAAUAUACAACCUUUGCGCCAGGGAGAAGAGGAAGCUGCUUUCAAAAGGUGAUGCUGCCACAGUCAUAGGCAUCAUGGUCAGUAGGAAACAGAGGGAUCCUAGCUUCUUUUUCGAGUACAAGCUAGACAAGGAAGGACAUAUGAAUAGGAUGUUCUGGUGUGACUCCCAGUCUCGUCAUGACUAUGAGGACUUCGGCGACGUGCUUGUAUUUGACAGCACGUACAAGAUGAACCGGUAUGAUGAUGGUGAAGGCAACAUAGUUGAAGUUCAUGAUCCUAUUAAAGUAUCAACGAAAGGUGCAACUAAGGUAGAUGAGAACCGCCCUAUGUCGAAAAAUGGUAGGCCAUUUUCGUACGACGAGAUCAGAAUCAGAAGCGUGGUGGGCGAAGAAGAGUAG